AUGAGUAGUCUUCCUCAAACUCCAGCCAGUUCUACCAAUUCUCACCUUUAUCCUCAAGCUCUCCAACUUAAACUUUACCAGGCCUUCAUUUUCUCAAUUCCUAUCCUUUUCUCCAUCAUUCUCUUUCUCUUGUUCUACUUGUUCUACCUCAAAAGGAGAGCCUCCACUCUCUCAUCUUCUCCACCAAUUCUUCCCAGAAGUUAUCAGGACCAAUCUGCAGCCACCACCUACCAUGUUUCUUCUGAUUGUCCUGUGGGUUUGAAGGGAGAGCUGAAAGAGAAGCUUCAGACAAUUUUAUUUGAUGAAGAACAGAGGAAAAAGGAUGCACAAUGCUGUGUUUGCUUGGGAGAUUUCGAAAUGGAAGAGGAGUUGCUGCAGGUUAUAUCGUGCAGACACGUGUUUCAUGUUGAUUGCAUACAUCAUUGGCUACACAACAACACAACUUGCCCACUUUGUAGAUGCUCUGUGAUCCCCAUCAGUACCAAGCUUGAUAGUCCUGCACUACAGGCACUACCUAGUGUGUCCAGUCCAGGACAGCACAACCCUAGCAUAAUAGUCUCCAACCACAGUCCUGGGAUUAUAUUAUUGGACCAACAACAUCAACAACAGCAUCAAUUGGUCAGUAAUGUUACUUCAAAUGUAACAACACCAGUUGAGGGUUCGUCAAGUGAGGGUGGGGGUGCAAUUUUGAGGGACUCUGGCAUGUCAUCUGGGCAUUAUACUAAUGAAGAUUUGAGAGAGCCAGUUGUUGUGUGUAUCCAAACACAUGAUUUGUCAUGA